UGUCCCCCAGCCCAGGCGUUGUCCUCCCCUCUGCCCCCCGCGACCUGGUCCCUGUCCUAGUGUCCAGCCGAUUUGUCCGACUCAGCUGGCGCCCCCCAGAGGAGACGGGACGAGCCGUGCAGACCUACGGUGUUUAUUACUCCCAGGACGGAGUCGAGAGGGAGCGGUCGGUGAACGUGUCGGAGCCUGAGUCUCUGGAACUGAUGGUUUCUAAUCUGAAACCAGAAGAGAGCUACAGCUUCAGAGUUGUCGCUUAUAAUGACGUGGGACCAGGACAGAGCUCCGCCCCCCUGAGGAUCACCACCAAACCCGACCUCCAGGUCCCCAGCCGGGUGGAGUCUCUCAGAGUGGACGCUCUGUCCCCGGCCUCCCUCCAGGUGAGCUGGGAACCUCCCAGCCAACCAAACGGCCCCGUGCUCGGAUACAGGCUGAUGUGGAGCGAGAGUCCGUCCGACAAGGAGCAGACUGUGGAGGUGAAUGGGCUCAACUACAAAAUGGAGGGACUCCAUAAGUUCACCGAUUACACCGUCCGUGUUCUGGCUAUCAACCGCUACGGGGCAGGCCCCGCCUCCGAGACCAUGAGCGUCACCACCCAAUCAGAUGUUCCCAGCGCUCCUCCUCAGAACAUCACUUUAGAGGUCGUCCUGUCCAGGAGCAUCAAGGUGUCAUGGCAGCCGCCUCUGCGCAGUGCCCAGAACGGCAUCAUCACCGCCUACAGGAUCAAAUACAGGAAGACUGGUCGGCGUGGCGACCAAGAGGCCAUCGAACCCAACAACUUCUGGUACCUGUUCACAGGUCUGGAGAAGGGGAGUCAGUACAGUUUCCAGGUUGCAGCCAUGACGGCCAAUGGAACAGGUCCAGCAAGUGACUGGUUCACUGCUGAGACACCAGAAAACGACCUGGAUGAGAGUCAGGUACCCGACCAGCCGAGCUCUUUGCACGUCAGGCCGCUGCCCAACAGCAUCAUCAUGUCCUGGACUCCACCCCUCAGCCCCAACAUCCUGGUCCGAGGUUACAUUAUCGGCUACGGAGUGGGAAGUCCUUACGCUGAGACGGUCCGGGUGGACAGCAAGCAGAGAUAUUACUCCAUCGAAAACCUGGAGCCCAGCUCGCACUAUGUGAUUUCCCUGAAGGCAUUCAAUAACGCUGGAGAGGGAGUUCCCCUGUAUGAGAGCGCCGUCACUCGAUCUCUGACAGACCCCAUAGACCCAUCUGAGGAUGACCUUUUCCAUCUCUUUGAUAAAUACCCCACUCCCAUGCCAGACACCAGCACUCCCAUGAUUCCCCCAGUGGGGGUCCAAGCUGUGGCUCUGUCCUCAGACUCCGUCCGGGUUUCCUGGGCUGACAACUCCAUGACCAAGAACCAGAAGUCGUCUGAGGUCCGGUACUACUCCGUCAAAUGGAAGACCAGCUACUCCACCAGCGGAAAGUACAAGUCUGCAGACACCACGGCGCUCAGCCACACUGUUUCCGGUCUCAAACCAAACACCAUGUACGAGUUUGCUGUCAUGGUAACCAAAGGACGCAAGUCGAGCACAUGGAGUAUGACGGCACAUGCCACCACGUACGAAGCAGCUCCUAGUUCCGCUCCCAAAGACUUGACUGUAAUCAGCCGCGAGGGACGACCCCGCGCCAUUUUAAUCAGCUGGCAACCGCCGAUGGAGGCUAAUGGACGAAUCACAGGUUACAUCCUGUACUACACACUGGAUAAGAACAUGCCGAUAGACGACUGGGUAAUGGAGGCGAUCAGCGGCGACCGGCUCACUCACCAGGUCGUCGAUCUGAACCUCGACACGGUUUAUUACUUCAGGAUUCAGGCCAAGAAUGCCAAAGGGGUCGGCCCGCUGUCUGAGCCCGUCCACUUCAGGACCGCCAAAGUGGAACAUCCAGACAAGAUGGCAAAUGAUCAAGGUCGCGGAGGAGACCACACCUACUGGCCGUCUGACACCAAUCUCAUUGACAAGAGCAGCAUCAACGAGUCUCCCAUUGGUCAGAUGCGUCCACCUCACGGCAGCGCCACGCCACAAAAGAAUGGCAACCUUCUUGUCCUCAUCGUGGUUUCCGUGGGAGCAGUCACGGUAGUCGUGGUUGUCAUCGUCGCACUCAUCUGCACCCGGCGCUCCUCGGCUAAACAGAGGAAGAAGAGAGCGAGUACCAGUGCCAGUAAGAGGAAGGGCAGCCAGAAGGACCUGCGACCUCCAGACCUUUGGAUCCACCACGAGGAGAUGGAGAUGAAGAACAUGGAGAAGGCUCCGAGCGUUGCCCCAUCGGCACGUGACUCACCCAUCCAGUCCUGCCAGGACCUCCCCCAGGUCGCACACAGCCAAUCAGAGAGCCAGAUUGGCAGCAAGAGCAGCCAUUCAGGAGUGGAUGGAGAUGAUGCCUCCAGCAGUAUCUCGACUCUGGAGCGCUCCCUGGCUGCCAGGAGGGGAACACGAGGAAAAAUUAUGAUUCCUAUGGACUCACAACCAAGUAACACACCGGUUGUCAGUGCGAUCCCGGUGCCAGCCCUGGACUCGUCUCAGUAUCCUGGUAUCCUGCCUUCACCUUCCUGCAGCUUCUCACACAACAAGUUCAGCCUGAGACCGAUGCCUUUCCCCAGCCUGACGGUGGACAGAGGUUACACACCAGCAAUGCCCUCGGAAAUCUCCACCAAUCCUCUCCUCCAGCAGCAGCCUCCACCACAACAGGCCUCUCCCCUCCUUCCGGGCUCCUCCGCCCCCCCCAUUGAGCACGUUCCUGUGGUCGGUCCAGUCCCGGGCGCUCCAGCUUCUGCUGCAGCCUCUGAAGAGGUCCAGGCAACGAGUGCUCGGACCAUCCCCACGGCCUGUGUGCGGCCCACGCACCCGCUACGAAGUUUCACCAACCCACUGCUACCACCACCCAUGGGGACCAUUGACCCUAAGGUGUACACGUCCAUGCUUCCGCAGGCCAGUGCCAGCCUGCCAAAGCCCCAGGUGAAGACGGCCUCUCUGGGUCAGGCUGGUAAGGCUCGAUCGCCUCUACUGCCUGUCUUGGUCCCGACGGCGCCAGACUUCCCAGAAGAGGGAGAAACGAAACCUGCUGAGGAUUCAGCUGCCAACGUUUACGAGCAGGAUGAUCUGUCUGAGCAGAUGGCCAGUCUAGAGGGACUGAUGAAGCAGCUCAAUGCUAUUACUGGUUCAGCCUUCUAACCUUUGACCCCCGCCAGGCCCAGCCCUCUGUCACAGUCCAGUCUGGAACACUUCUUCAAGCCUCAAUGUCACCUGCUGUCUCUUAGCUAGCAGCAAUGGGUCAUUCUGGGUUAGAAAAGAUCUCUGUGAAACCUGCCUCUCUGCUCAGUUGCAUUUGUUUGGUUUCUACUGGUCUGAUCUUGUGUCUGCUGUUUGGGACCAGGAUUGGACAACAGGUAACACAGAAUAGACUCUACAGCAGCACAGCAUCAACUGCAAGAACAGGACAAGGGUUGAAGGGCUUCUUUAGGAGUUCAAACUGAAACCCCAUAAGACCCUUCGACCUCAAUCACAAAACUAGAAAAACCCAACGCCUAGAGCCUUGACAUAACAAAACAGGAGGAAAGGAUUUUCACAAAAAAGAAGUUACAUUUUUACGAGCCCUCCUGUUCCUCUUUAUUGUAUUUAUACACGCCCUCCUCUGCUGAGUUCUGCACAACUCAGUUACUGUGACUGUACUUAACUUAUUUUACAUUACUGUUGGAAGUACUCCUAUGUUCCACACUUUUCUUUUGGGUACUUUAUCUUUGUGCAGUUACCGGAUGUGUAUAUGGUUUUUAAAAAGAACCAGGACCUACAUCAUGAAAGAAAGAACACAUCCUCAGCCACCAAAGUUUCAACAAGACUUAAAUUUUUCUUACCUGGAUCCAAGGAUGUCUGUCGCGGUCAUGUGUGAGGAUCCUUACUGGCAUUUUUUGGCCAUACCUUGUUGUUGUUCCACUCUUGAAGUGGACAGUGUGAUUUCAUUGAACCAUCCAUCAUUCAUACCUCAUGCAGCCCGUCCACAUCCUGAUCCUGAGGUUAAAAGAGUAUUUGAACCUUCUGGACUUGUCUGAAACAUCUGGAUCAGGAUCUACCUGAAUUUACUCUAUAAGGACAUUAUCAAAACCUCUAUAGACACCCACAAUCUUGCUGCUCUUGACAAAGUCUAUACUCUCCUCACCCCAGAUACAAACCCCAUUUUCCUACGAGGACUUGUGUUGUUGUCAAAUUUUCAUAAUAUAAAGCUCCUUGGGACCUUCUUUGUUUUUGCCCCUUGUUCAAGUCUGUCUCACCCCCAAACAUCAAAUGUUGAAAGAUAUCUGGAUUUUGAUUGGUUGAAACCAUCCCUUAAUGGAAAAACGAAGGUUCGGCUUAGGAUGGUACUAAGAAACCUUGUGUCACAUGAAGUCCAUGAUUCCCCCCUGCUGGCUGAAGUGUGGAAGUGCAUGCUGUUUUGACUUUUGAAGGAGCAUUUAAUGAGGCAAGGUUGUUCAUAGAAAUUGAUUUUGAGCACCAUCAAAAUACAUUAUGAAGAGAAAGAGAUAGAAAAUGAAUCCUCACAAGUUAGUGUUUUGUCUUAAUUGAUAAUUAAAAAUGAACAUCACUCGUUUAAAAGUUUAAAAUCAAUCAGGA